AUUUCAUUUUAUAGUUGCCGUCAAAGUGUGAAAAGUGGGAGGUGUUCGCUUUAGAAAUUCUGAGCAUGAAGCUCAAAAAGUUGACUCUGAUGUGUUGUUUAUUCUACCAUGAAUCAUAAACAAAGACGUGAAUGAUGACUUGAAUGCAUGUGGACGGGUUCAGGUAGGGUAACAAGGUUCGUCAAUUAUGUUUACAACAAAUUUAUACUAUUUCAUGAUUUUUUCAUUUUUAACGUUAUACGGAAUUGUGAUUAUAAAUGUCGCAUGUUGUCUUAAGUAAGUCGUACAUUUGAAGAAAUUUUGGAGUUGAUUCACUUAUAACGUCACUUUAGUAUCAAAGUAUGAAGAAGAUGGUGGGGAAGUUCAUCAACCGGCAUGGUUUUUUGCAAUGAGAAUAUCACUUUCGCAGGGAAAAAACAAGGUCAUACACUCAUACUUAGUUGCUUGCCUGACAUGCGCGCAUAUGUUUUCAACUAUUUAAAAAAGUGCCUUUUUGUUUGAAGGGAUUGGUCUCCAUGUCCACCUCGUUUUGUACGAUAUUGAUAGUGUUUUUCAACUCAAUUGCAUUAUGUCUAUGGUGGAUAGGAAAUGUUGUCUUAUCACACCUAUUUAUGUUAUAGUUUUCACGGUACAUACAUGACAAGUUGAAAUUUAAAGAGAAAAGUAAAGCAAAAAUAUGAGGAUUUCAAAAAGAACAUGCAAAUCAUUUUUCUGUUACCGCUCAUAUGAUGUAUUAUCAUGAUCGCACAUUUGAUAUAAGUAGUCAAUCGCAAAAAACAAACAAACGAAAAACACAUAUACUCGAUAGUAAGAAGCAGAGAUACGUAACCAAGACAAGUAGUUCGAUAGUGCGACAUAACGUGGUUCUUAGGCUGAUAAAACGAACUCUGAACAAAGGAAGAAGUACCACCCGCAGAGAUUGGGGUUGCAAUAAUCGCAAAAGUGAAUUUGAAGUUAUAUCAUGCUUGGGCCGGGCCUUAGUGAGAGAAAAGAUCAUUGGGCCUGUAUGGCAGCAGAAGCCCAUAAGAGUCCAGCAGACCUCUACUUUACCCGCCAAACGGCUUCUCCGUCUGAGACAGACAGACAUUAUCCGUAGAUGGCCGAUGGGUAGCUCUCUCACUCUUUUUCACCAUAAACAAUGCAAGCCUUCUCGCCCUCCUUCGCCGCCUGUUCCUAUUUUCCGAUACGACGCCGUCGCAUCAUCACCGCCUCUCCCCGCAAAUCCAACCUCAAGCGACUCACCUCCCGCGUCGUUCAACUCACUCGCCGACGACAGCUCCACCAGAUAAUGGAGGAGAUAGAGAUCGCUAGAGAACGGUACGGGAAGCUGAACACGAUAGUGAUGAACGCGGUGGUGGAGGCGUGUGUCCAUUGCGGCGACAUCGACUCUGCACUUAAGGUGUUCGACGAAAUGUCUAAGCCGGGGAGCUGUGGCGUUGAUACUGUCACAUAUGCUACCCUUUUGAAGGGAUUGGGCGGGGCGAGGAGAAUCGAUGAGGCAUUUGAAGUGCUUGAAUCCGUUGAAAGCGGUGUUGCUGUGGGAAGUCCAAAGUUGUCAGCACCUCUUAUUUUUGGACUGCUGAAUGCUUUGGUUGAAGCAGGAGAUUUACGCCGAGCUAAUGGACUUCUUGCACGGUAUGGUUUUCUGCUUCGAGAAGGUGGCAGUCUUUCGCUCAGAGUCUACAACUUAUUAAUGAAGGGAUGUAUUAAUUCAGGCCUUCCUCAGGGUGCGAUAGACAUGCACAACGAAUUAAUACGUCUAGGGUUCAAGCCUGAUAGGCUCACCUAUAAUACUCUAAUAUCUGCAUGUGUAAAAGCUGGGAAGUUGGAUGCCGCAAUGCAAUACUUUGAGGAAAUGAAGGAUGAAGCGCAGAAAUUUAGUGAUGCUGGUCUAUUCCCUGAUGUCAUCACCUAUAGUACAUUGCUUAAGGGUUUUGGGGAUUCCAAAGAUAUCCUUAUGGUUCAUAAGAUUGUUUCAGAAAUGAAAACAUAUAUUGGUUUGUUCAUUGAUCGAACAGCAUAUACGGCAGCAGUUGAUGCUUUGCUAAAUUGUGACGCAAUAAAGGGUGCUUUAUGUAUUUUUGGAGAAUUAUUAAAGCAGGCUGGUGGAAAUCCAGAGUUGCGACCCAAACCUCACCUCUAUCUUUCCUUGAUGCGUGCCUUUGCUGUUAGAGGAGAUUAUGACACAGUAAACAGUCUGCAUAAGCACAUGUGGCUAGAUACUGCUGGAACUAUCUACCCAGUGAUUCAUGAAGAAGCUGAUCAUCUUGUAAUGGAGUCAGCUUUAAAUGACGGGCAGGUAGAUUUGGCCAAAAAUUACCUUGGAACCAUCAUUACAAGGUGGAAGAGAAUAGCGUGGACAAGUCGAGGAGGCAUGGUUGCUCUACGCACAGAGGCCUUGUUGGGAAACACAAAAUCGAUAUUGACUCCUUAUCUACUUCCUCAGGUAUUGGCUAGUGAUCCGAUUGAGAGUGUGAUGAUGCCCUUUGAAGCAGCUCGGCCACUUCUUGGGACUGUGAAGUUGAGUGAGGUGGCUAUGCGUUUCUUUAGAGAUUCAGCAGUGCCUAUCAUAGAUGACUGGGGUAACUGCAUUGGAGUAUUGCACCGUGAAGACUGUACAGAGUUGGAUGCCCCUCUUUCUUCAAUGAUGAGAAGCCCACCUCCCUGUGCCGUAACAACAACAUCGAUUGGCCAUGUGGUGGAUCUAAUUGUGAAGCACAGAUUCAAAAUGGUAGUCGUAGUAAACCAUAGCUCCUUGUUUGGUGGUACUGCAAAUUUGAGGGCUGUAGGUGUUUUUACAGCUGAGCAACUGUGUAAACUUGUCACACCAGUAUCAGAAACACCACGAUUGAAACCUUCUUUCUGUAGAAGUUUAACAAUGUGCUGUGUAUGAGACUAAUAUUCUCCUUGUAAAUACAAUUUUGUUAUAUAUUGUAGUGAAAACAUUUUUUCAA